GCCGACAAACGUAAUCCCACAGUGCUGAUUUCAUACAAAAACUAUUAAUUGGAAAAUAUUCAAGUGUUUGAGUUUAAAUUGUUAUCUAUAGUUUUGUUUCUUCUUAUCACCAAGUAGUAAAAGGCUUUAGCUAAAGUCUUGCCUUUACAAAACUUGUUUGCUGUUCAAUAUCUAUCUUGGACCUUUCAUUACUAUUGCAGUAUUGGAAUCAAUUUUUAAGUAACGUUAUGAUAUUACUAAAAAUAUUUACUAGGCUAUGAAAAGAAGAAUGAUAUAUUACAAGUUUUUGUAUGGCAUUACUAUACGUUUUAUUGUUUCAGUAAUUGUUCUGGUUACCUGCCUCACCACUCAUCUUGCAACAAUUGUAUUUACGCGACAGAGAGACGUUUGUUUACACAUUGAAGGGCUUUACUGAAUCUCGUUUACACGUAUUAAAAGACAAAAAACGCUCAUGAUAAAAAAAAACGUAUCUGUUGUUCACUAACGAAAUGGAUUUAACAACAAAUGAUUUUGUUAACUGGGAUUCCUACGAGGUAACAUACGUAAAUGCACUGACCAAAAAUAGUAAAAACAUCAUGAUAACUGGGAGAAUCACGAAUCUAAGUAAUUCUCAGUCUUCUAUGCCAUUUUACACACUUAAACUUGAAGACAAUACCGGCAUUUUGAACGUGAAAUACAUUGUAUCCGAUGCAUCUCCGCAUUGUAAAGUAUUCCAAUCUUUAAGACUGGGUGAUGUCGUUCAUUUGUACAGUAAUGUCCGUUUAAAAUAUUCUAUAUCAAACGAACCCUAUACGGUUUUAAAUGCACGCAACGUGGAUUCAAAGCUAAUCAAACUCGACAAACUAGAACGACAAGAGUAUGACUAUAUGUUUCCUAAUCCGUCGAAACUUUGUACAUUACCAAUAUCACCGGUCUCUACUUUACUAGAUUGCGUUGAGGGUUCAUUGACUACAGCCCUUGUAGCGAUAGGCUGGAUGGAACCAAUUUCCCAUUACUUAAGCCAACCGAAUCGAUGGUGCUCGUCGCAAAGGAUUUGGGUUUUUGACGCCACUGGCGAAGCAUUCAUCACGUUGAACGGCGAUUCACAAAUCAAGUCUGUCCGGCGGUGGAACAGGCAAACCAUUGUACUUUUCCAUAACUGCACCGUUUUAAAAAAUAAGGGCACGAUUGAAUUGGGAUUACGUUCGGCAACCAUAUACCCUAAUCCUGAAAUUUAUCAAACGAAUACCUUGCGAAAGUUCGCGGCUCAGCGAUCAAGAUUAAUAAAACGUAAUAGCAUACAACUGCACACAUUCCGAUACCUUGACAUUUUGACAAGCACACAGCCCUUUGAAAACUGUUGUCGCAUAAGUCUAAUCUUGCUCAAAACUCGCUUUGCACAGAUGAAAAGCAUUCAAGAUGUUGUUAUAUGGUCAAGAAAUGCGGUACCUCUGUAUGCUAACUAUAUUGAAGUCGUUGCUGAUGAAACUGGAAGUUUGCACUAUCCAAAUGUCAGUCAAGCUCUAUUAAAAGAGUUGAUUCAAUAUGAACCGAUUGAACUUAUUCAAGAUGAAAAUCAAACACUCUGCUUGCUCGACAAUCUGCUUAAAUAUAGACGGUUCCUUGCGAUAGCCCGAGUCUGUGCAACACAAGUUUAUUUGUAUUCAUUAAAUGAGGAAUUUAAGUAAGCUACAAUUGGUUAAUGAUCUACUGGACCUUAAACAAACAACGGUUUAAGUAAAACAAGGCUUCUGUUAUAUUUUUUCUCAACUACAUUUGAUAUUUAAUAUUUAGUAUGAAUUCUUAAUUUGUACUUGAGGUGAACGUGAAGAGAAUGUCAUGGAACGAUU